GUCAUUGUUUGUUUGUUCCUCUUUCACGUCAAAACGAAGCACGGGUCUAUCCGUUUUUUUUUUUUUAAAUACUUUGCUUAGCGUUUGUAAAGUACAAGAAAACCUUUGAUUUCAGUCUAUCCAAUGGUCCCAAAUAGAUUACCGGUACAUCGAAGUGUUGAAGUGUUUGUUUAAAAAGGCUACGAAGUCAGUCCGAUUACAGAACCGGACUUCGGAACUCAUCCUUCUGCAGAGUAGCGUGAGGCUAAGAAUUGUUUUUUUCUUUUAUUGCCUUUGCAGACAGAUGAGCAUACGGCCCACCUGAUGGUCAGUGGUUACCGUCGCACAUGGACUUCAGCAAUGCCAGGGGUAGAGCCAAGCCGCUGCCUACCGCUAACCUACCGUUAUUUCCCCGAAACGGCUUACCGCUGGUUUGGAGACGUUUUUAAGGUUCUGGAAUGGAAAUGACAAGGCUUCAACAUCAGCGGCGAGUACAUACUUCACUUUCGACUUGCUGACGUUAUUGUGAUUAUAGCCUAAACCUUGUCGGACCUCAGUACAAUGGCUCAAUAGUCUAGAGCUUCUAACCGAGUGAGCGUGAAUAUGAACAUGGAAAAACGAAAAUUACGAUGAAUGUCCAUGUAGCGGCCAUUCCAGUAAAGAUCGGAAGAUCUAUGCUCGAAGUUAUUAACGAGUAUAUUUACCUGAGACCUACGGUCCAGCCAGGUAGGUCUAACUUUGAAAAAGGGGUCGAUCACCGAACCAAGUUGGAUGGGCAGCGUUCGAAAAACUACCUACGUAGAAUUUUCUCCUCACAAAUUCUCAAGUUAACCACAGUUUCUCAAGAUAAGAGGUGACAGACAAGACAGGGUGGUGAUAUCUACCCGUGCAGACUCACAAGACGUCUUAUCACCGAUAAAAUAUUUCGUUUAAAGUAUUGUUUUAAAUGAGAUACAUAUGUAAAUCAUUAAAAAUAAAAAUAUUUUAUUUGCUGAAUAUUAUAAAUGAAUUGAGAUGCGUCUCGCGAAAUGUAAAGUUUAAUUUUAUUUACAACAAAUGGACCGUGUCACCUUAUCUUGUUUUCAUUAUACAAAAAUAUCGUAAGUCAAAAGAAGAGAAUCCAAUGAUAACAGUUAUCGACCUCGUACAGAGCAUUACUUAGGUACAAGUAUAUAAAGAAGCAAUUAUUCAGAUUGUGUUUAGUGCUUUUCUUAACGUUGUGAGAAUAACAAACAAUGAAGCUGAUAAUUUUGAUAACUAUAAUUGCUUUCGUUCACGGAAACCAAGAAGUGGAAGUACUAAAAGAUAAUGUGCACAAUCCAUCCCAACUCGUAGUCGACUACCAAACCAGCACACUGUUCUUCAGUCACUCUUCUUUGUUCGAAGGGAAAACAGUUCUUAAAUCCGUUUACUUGAAUCUUAACACUAAAGAGUUCGGAGAAAUUUCUGGCAUCAAUUCGGGUAUAGCUACUGCAUAUGAUAGAAGCAAACACGUUGUGUACCUCGGUGGACAGGAUGGGAUAUAUACAUUUGAUUACACAACGAAAUCUGCAAAGAAUUUGCGUGUGACAAGUUACAGCAUCUGGCAAAUGUUCCAUUGUCCCGUCCACGGCCUCUACUUCACGACUUUCAAUCCUGACGAAAAAGCGUUUGUCUAUUCUUACGGUCAAGUAGGACCUGUACCUGAACUCACCGACAUCAAAACAAGAUUGAUUGCUGUCGGCCAAAAACACGAUAUAUAUUUUGCUAACUCCGCUGGUAUAUUUGUACUGAAAACUAUCGAUGGAGUCUUGUAUAAAAUACAUUUAGAAACUUUUAUUGUUAAUGGAUUCGCAAGUGACAUUAAUGGUAAAUUAUACUUUUCAACUCCGAAUGAUAUUUUUUACAUAAAUGAAGAUGCAGGCACAUUGGAUCGAGUCAUCAGGGUGCAAGAAGGUGAAUCUAUUUGGGGUGUAGCUUUUGCCGCGGACGGUAGCAUGAUUUACGCUUUAGAUGACAAAAUAGUGAUGAAGAAAAAAGACUAAAAUUAAUUAAAUUAAUGUAUUUUAAAGUUCUAAUUGGUUUUGGAAAAAACAGUUUUCGCAAAUAAAUAAUUUCUGUCA